GUGGGGAUGAGGAGCAGAUCGUUCUGACUCCUGAAUCGUGUAACUGUGACGAGACGAGCCAAGGUUUGCCUAGGUUUGCCUUGCCUCCAUCAUCAACCGCCUGCUUCUGUUUGCCGUCGACUUUCGGCUUGUACAGCUGGCUGCAAACAGGUUAUUGACGACGCGCAGUGCCGAUUGUCUGCCAAGCGUAGUCUCGUUUAGCGUCGUGUGCCCUGGCUCCGCAACUAAGUCAACGGUGGCUAAGAUGAGUUCUCAUAGUCCUCGUCGUUGUGGUUUCCGAUCAAGACUAGCUAUCAGUAUCACGGCUUUUCAAGAUUGAGACGACUCGCCAGCAUGCAAUCUUUUAUCCUUCUGGCCUGAGCCCGAUUCAGUUAGAAACUGAAGACCAAGUUAAUACUAGCGUUGAAUGCUGAUGGAUUCUCGACAGCCCAGUAGACCCAUUACCGGUACCGAAGUCCUGGUCGGAGUCGCGGACAGUCAAUGGCCUUUAACUAACCCGCACGCGCUUCUUCCGGGGGAUAUUAUCCUUAGGGUAGGCGACUCGGACUCGAGUCGUUCAGCCUACGCGCCGUUCGAGGACGGGAUCAACGGUGUCAGACGGGCGGUUCUCUCAUGGGCUCUGCGCGACGAGCAGAAGCAGAAUCGCGUGCCGCUCCAAGUGCAUCGCGGGAAUAGCCGCCUAAACAUUUGGCCUCGAGUGACGCCCGCAGCUGCAGCGGAAGCCGAAGCGGCUGAAGCCUCAGCGGCGGGAACCGCGCGAGAAGGCGACAGUUAUGACGGCAGUUACGACUGCGCCGCGACCGCGAGCUUCGAAACGGACAGCUACCGGCUAGCCGGCACGUUUGGAACCGAUUGCAGCUACGACGCCGGCGAGAACCUUCUAGAAGGUGUCGUUCUGUCCGAGGGCCGGCACGCGCUGUUCGCGCCGCUGGCGGCGUGGACGGAGGAGAGCAUUCUACGCCUAGAGCGGAUUAAGGCGUACGGAGCGCUGACCAAUCACAAGCCUCGGCCGGUGGAGAAAGAGGAGCAGCGGAAUAGGCGCGGCGACCUAUACUCCAGACUACCUCCUGCUAGCGUCAGGGCCCAUCGAGCGGCGGGGAUUGGCUGCUGUUUCGCGGGAGGGGCAGUGGAGGGGGAAGGGGAGGAGGAGGAGAGGGAGGAUCUUGGCGCUUGGACCCGCCUCCAGGCAGUGAACGUAAGGGCGGAAUGCGGAGGCGCGGAAGAGGCGGAAGAAUGGCGGAACCAGGCGGAGGGGUCACUGCCGGCGCGGGAAGCUGUGGGGAAGCUUGCGGAGGGCAUUGCGCGGUUGCGGAUGGGAUGGGCGCGUGCAAGAGACGCGGGGGGGGAGGCGGGUGGCGACAGAGCGCCGCUUCUGGCGCAUGCGCCGCACCCAGCGGAGGGGUAUCGUGAGGGGGUUAUUGGAGUGCAGAUCGGCGGCCGUAGGGGUGAUGAGCGGUUGAGCAGGGUUGGUGUUUGUACGACCAGGGAUGCAGAGGAACCGUCGUCUAAUCCUUCUUUCGGCGGAAUUGAGCCCGCGGUGGACAACGAGUUGAGUAACUUUGCUGACAGCGCCAGCGCGAGGAUGUUCUGCGGGACACGUGGCGCGACGAUUGCCACGUCAGCGCUGGGCGGCUGUCGCCGGGCCGUCCCAGGUGCGCCGCAGGUCGUGCUGCCGCACCUGUACUCUAGACUGGCGGCCUCUGGGGAAUAUUUUACUGGGGAAGGCUGGGACAGGUUGGAUGGAGGAGAGGAGUGUAUUGAAGAAGAGGAGGGAGAGAGGGGAGCGGUGGGAGGCGAUGAGUACUGGGGUGAGAGAGCGGAAGGCGUUGUUGCCGGUUGUGGUGGUCCUGGUGCUGCUGGUGCUGCUGCUGUUGCUGCUGCUGCUGCUGCUGCUGCUGCUGCUGGCGCUGCUGCUGGUGGCACGUGUGAUUCUGGGCCGAUGCCUGAAGACGCAUGUGACCUGGGGUCAAGGACCAGGCCCAGCUCUCCCACCCAUCGCACCAGCAGCCCUGCUGCUUCUACUGUCGCCGCCGCUGCCGGAACUGCUGCUGCUGCUGCCGCCGCCGCUGCCGGAACUGCUGCUAAAGCUGAGGGAGUAGAGAGGCAGGGGAGGCUGUGGGCAGGGAGGGCAGCUGCCGCGCCUGCUGCUGCCACGUCCAGCCCCGUGCUCAAGGUGCGGCGGCACUGCAUCGCUGAGGUGGCAGAGAAGGACGACUCGGGCGGCAGCAGUAAAGGGCUGGGCGGCACUGGGCCGGCGUCACUGUUCACCAUUCUGGUCAUGCCGGCCGAGAGCGGGGGGAAGAAGGAGAGCCGUCGAUUCUUUGAUGUCAACCACACGAUUGACCGUGCCCUGCGUUGGUUCUCCUCGGUGCGGGCCAGUGGAGCGGCCCUGGAGUUGAUGAAUGCGCAGACAGAGGUGCUGCCCGUGCGCCUGGGCGGCAUGGACGGCGACAAGCUCGCCAAGAUGGCGCAGUACGGCAAGUGGACAGUCAAGACGAACGACGAGCAGCGCGGAGAUCAUAUCUCGGUCCUGCGCGCCGUCCGGCUCUGGCUGGUUCCGGAAUCCGAGGUGGAACUCACCCUCGUGCUCGCGUCCGGCGGGGUGAAUAACGCAGCCUGCCCUCCCGACUGGGGGUUACUUCUGGAGCAAACCCCGGAGGGCGUGGUGCAUGUGGUGGGUGUGAGGGGGGGCAGUCCGGCGGAUAAGGGAGGGGUGGCGAUGCUGCUGAGGAUGGCGCGGGCGAAGAAGCGGCUGCUGCUGCUGUCGCGGCUGCAGGGGCAGGUGCUGCUGCCGGCGGUGAUAGCCAACGGGCAGAUAGACUGUGCUGACGUGGAGGCCCUGCAGGAGCAGCUGGUGCUGCAGGCCCACCUGCCGUCCAUCCCCCUGCGCCUCACGUUUGCCCUGUGAGGGGCGACUUUUGUUCUUAGGCGCGUCACAACCAGCAUCUGCAGUCCAUCCCCCUGCCUGCGCCUCACGUGAGGGGCGAAUGGCCAUGGAACCCUCCUGAAAACCCGAAGACCCACUGCGCCUGCUUCUGCUACUGUGCGGGUUCAACUGUGGGUGUGCGUGUGGGGCACUGUCGUGCUUCUUGUCUGUUGCGGUCCCAGGAGCCUCUGCACUCGAGGGAACAGAAUGUUGCUGCUUGCUGCCGCUGUUCCAGAGGCGGGCCCUUGCUGCUUGCAUUUCAGUGGCAUUCACCUCUGGAUCUCCUCUCGCGACCUCGUUCCAACUCUCCAACUUUCCUUCCAACACACACUCACUUUCCCUCAUCUCUUGUCUCUCAUUCUCUCUUUUACUUCCUUCCCCCUCUCCUGUCAUUCUCAUCUCACCUCUGCACUUUCACCAUUCACUUACCCACUUUGUCAUCGAAGUGGCACACACUGCUAGCCUGCCCCCCCAUGCUGGCGGCCAACACGGCUUUAACUUUCGCCUCCUGCUUUUGCUUUCAUAAGUGGCUCCUAUGCCCUUCCCACAUCGAGGGCUCCUUCCGGUGCCCGAGCGCAACAAGUGUUCGAGCACUUAUGAAUGUAAAAGUAUUGAGCUUUUUGUAAAGACUCUUGCUUCUAUUA